ACGGAUUGGUCCCAAUGCGAGCCAGAAUUUUGGAAGUAUGCAUUGGAUUUCUCUAUCUUCCCUCUUCUCAAUUUCCAUCGUUUCCCUCUCUUUGCCAUUCAUUUUUCACCAACUUGUUUCUCUCUCUAAGAUCCCUUCCUUACCAUUCUUUCCUUCUACCCUUAUACCUGACCCCUUCAAGUUUAACUGAUCAUUUAGUUAUCCUCUAAAGCUGUAUGUUGCUGGUGAUUUUUCUCUGCAUUUGAGUUCUGAAACAUGAUGAGUUUUGUGAGUUGAACCUAACCAAGAAACAUAUGGAUAAGAAAGAGCAUAUUGCAAUUUUUACUACUGCUAGCCUUCCGUGGUUGACAGGAACAGCUGUGAACCCACUGUUUCGCGCUGUAUAUCUUUGGAAAAGUGAGGAAAGAGAUGUUACCUUGGUGAUCCCUUGGUUAACUUUGAAAGAUCAAGGACUAGUAUAUCCCAACAAUAUCACAUUUGCUUCACCCAAAGAACAUGAGGAGUAUAUCUGUCAAUGGCUGGAGGAAAGAGUUGGAUUUAGUCCUGGUUUCAGCAUACGGUUUUAUCCAGGAAAGUUUUCAAUAGAUAAAAGGAGCAUUCUUGCUGUUGGAGAUAUUUCAGAAAUUAUCCCUGAUGAAGUGGCAGAUAUUGCUGUGCUAGAGGAGCCUGAACACUUAACAUGGUUUCACCAUGGGAAAAGAUGGAAGACUAAAUUCAGGCUAGUGAUAGGGAUAAUUCACACAAAUUAUUUGGAAUACGUGAGGAGAGAGAAUAAUGGAACCUUGCAAGCCUUUUUGCUGAAACAUUUAAACAAUUGGGUUGUUGGUAUAUAUUGUCACAAGGUUAUUAGAUUAUCUGCUGCCACUCAGGAAUACACCGAGUCCAUCAUCUGUAAUGUUCAUGGUGUUAAUCCUAGAUUUCUUGAGAUUGGUGAAAAAAAGAGGGAGCAACAACAGGAGGGUGUCAAGGCCUUUACCAAAGGUGCUUACUUUAUUGGGAAGAUGAUAUGGAGCAAAGGAUAUAGAGAAUUGCUCCGCAUUCUUCAAGAUCAUCAGCAAGAGUUAUCUGAACUUGAGAUUGAUUUAUUUGGCAGUGGAGAGGACUCAGAAGAAGUUCAGAAAGCUGCAGAAAAGUUGCAAAUGGCAGUUAGAGUUUACCCAGGUUGUGAUCAUGCAGAUCCUCUCUUUCAUGAUUACAAAUUGUUUCUUAAUCCAAGCACAACAGAUGUGGUUUGCACAACAACAGCAGAGGCUUUAGCCAUGGGUAAAAUUGUUGUGUGCGCCAAUCAUCCCUCUAACGAGUUUUUCAAGCGUUUUUCAAAUUGUUGGACAUACGAUAACAGUGAUGAAUUUGUUAAACUUACACUCAAGGCACUGGCUGAAGAGCCUGCACAGCCUACUAAUGCUGAGAGACGUGAACUGUCUUGGGAGGCUGCGACAAAUCGGUUUCUUAAGGCUGUUGGCAUGGACAAACAAUUAGAUAAAAGGUUGUCAAGAAAUUCUUCAGUCUUUAUGGCUGCCUCAUUAAAUUUGCAGCAGACAGUCGAUGAGGCUUCAGCAUAUGUGCAUCAUGUAGCUUCUGGGUUUGAGGUAUCAAGAAGAUUCUUUGGUGCUAUUCCACAUACCUUGCAGCCAGAUGAAGAGCUACGCAAGGAACUUGGGUUGACUAAUGCUACCACAAAAUAAGAAAAAAUGAUGUUGUAAUGCUGUAGAGAUUGUUUGUAUGUUUUGUCCCUAAAAUGUUUGUUGCAAAAUAGUCUCUUCCUAGUCAUGGUGGAAAAUGUUCGGUCUUUGGAACAUAUAUAUCUAGAGAAAGGCAUCCCUGUAAGUGUAGCAUUAGACAUGCGUCCAUUUAUAUUACACAGCUUCUAUUAAUCUAAGUGAUAUCAAUUUAUAAAUUAUUAUGAAUAAUUUAUUUCA